AUGAUCAGUUACCAGAACGUCUGGCUGGCAGGGCAUUCCCUGGGAUCGUCGCUAGCACUAGCGGUCGGAAGGGAAAUGGCGAAGCGCUUCAAAGUCCGUCUCGAGACGUACUUGUAUAACCCGCCCUUCAUCUCUCUGCCCAUUGACCGAAUCAAGAGCGAGAAGGUGAAGCUCGGGCUUAGAGUUCUCUGGACAGCUGGCUUAACUGCUGUUGCUGCUGCUGAUGUUAUUAAAACGGAUUCUUUUGACGCGCUGUCAGAUUGGGUCCCGCAUCUGUUUAUCAACCCGGCGGAUCCGUUAUGCUCGGAAUACGCUGGGUAUUUCGAGCAUAAGGAGUAUAUGGAGACGAUCGGGGAAGGGGAGAUUGUGAGGGUUUCCACCGAGAAUUCCAUUAGGAGCAUUUUCUCAUCGCGGGAAGCACUGCAUCUUCUUCCUUCUGCUCAUAUCACGCUCAACGUUACGGCGGCGACAAGGUCUAAGGAGGCUCAUGGGAUUUGGGAAAAGUGGCUUAGGUUUAAGGAGGCUCAUGGGAUUGAUCAAUGGUGGAGGCGUGAAUUGAGGGUGAAGUACAAGCAUUACCAACGCUAA